ACUUUAACAAAGUUAAACCUAAAAAGAAGGAAAUACAAUGCAGCUAAAUAUUAUUUUGUCACUUACUUUAUUCAUAGUUACUAAUCAAUGUGUUCUUGCCAAACCCACAAGACUGAACAAGCACUGUGUAGACAACUUAUGCAUCUCUAACUUAAACUACCCGACCAAAAAAAUUCAGGAGAAAUUAGCAAACACCAAAAAAUACAAAGAACUUUCAGGAGAUAUUUUAAGACUGGGGUCGAAACCAAACGGCGCAAACCCAAUGCUAAGAUUUUUGGAGGAACCGGAAAGAAAUUUGUGCAGAACAAGAACCCGGAAAGUGUACCCAAAAUUUGUGCUAGGAGAUGACAUGGAAAAACGAUAUGUGGUGAAUUUGAAGAAAUUCAGACAGGGAAUCGAGUUCGAACAAUGUGUAUCUGAAACACCAGAAUAUGCAACAGAAUUAAUGAAUAUUGAGACUAAGUGUGUGCAACAAUAUACAGUGAUUAGGUUCCUAGUGUACAAUGGGGCGACUGAAGAACUGGAAUACACUGAAUAUCCCGUUCCGACGACUUGUCUAUGUAUGUACAAAUUUAAGAAAACUUAAUUUAUUAAACUAAAUAUUAGUAAUUAUUAAACUGAAAAUUUGUGAUAUACUCAUUGCCAACAUAGUUAUUUGUUGUAAAUAUAUUUUAGUUAUUUAUUUAGUUAGUUUUAUUUAUUAAAAUAAUGUUGAGUUAAUAUUUU